GAUUAUAUCUUUAUCCUUGAAAUUUAAAAACAUUUGCCAGGACAUGUCUUGGUGUUGAUGAUCUCUGUUGAACCUCUCAGUCUCCAGUCUCAGUAUAAUGAGUAUGAUGAAUAUCACUGUACAUAAGUCUUUAUGCACAUCUCUGAUAUUUCCUUAGGAUAAAUGAGGAGCUGAUUCUUAAUCCUGUCACAUUGAAUGGACAGCAAAUUAUGGAUGAACCUAUGGGAGAGGAAGAGAUUAAUCCACAAACUGAAGAAGGCAGUAUCAAAGAAAUUGCAAUCACACAUCAUGUAAAGGAAGGACAUGAAAAGGCAGAUCCUUCCCAGUUUGAACUUUUAAAAGUAUUAGGGCAGGGAUCAUUUGGAAAGGUUUUCUUAGUCAAAAAAAUCUCAGGCUCUGAUGCUAGACAGCUUUAUGCCAUGAAAGUGUUGAAGAAGGCCACACUGAAAGUUCGAGACCGUGUUCGGACAAAAAUGGAGCGUGAUAUCUUGGUAGAAGUUAAUCAUCCUUUUAUUGUCAAGUUGCAUUAUGCUUUUCAAACUGAAGGGAAGUUGUAUCUUAUUUUGGAUUUUCUCAGGGGAGGAGAUUUGUUUACACGCUUAUCCAAAGAGGUGAUGUUCACAGAAGAAGAUGUCAAAUUCUACUUGGCUGAACUUGCACUUGCUUUAGACCAUCUGCAUAGCCUGGGAAUAAUCUAUAGAGACUUAAAACCAGAAAACAUACUUCUUGAUGAAGAAGGUCACAUCAAAUUAACAGAUUUUGGCCUAAGUAAAGAGUCUAUUGACCAUGAAAAGAAGGCAUAUUCUUUUUGUGGAACUGUGGAAUAUAUGGCUCCAGAAGUAGUUAAUCGUCGAGGUCAUACUCAGAGUGCGGACUGGUGGUCUUUUGGUGUGUUGAUGUUUGAGAUGCUCACUGGGACACUGCCUUUUCAAGGAAAAGAUCGAAAAGAAACAAUGACUAUGAUCCUUAAAGCCAAACUUGGGAUGCCACAGUUUUUGAGUCCUGAAGCCCAGAGCCUUUUACGAAUGCUUUUCAAACGAAAUCCUGCAAACAGAUUAGGCGCAGGACCAGAUGGAGUUGAAGAAAUUAAAAGACACUUAUUUUUCUCAACUAUAGACUGGAAUAAACUGUACAGAAGAGAAAUUCAUCCACCUUUUAAACCUGCAACUGGCAGGCCCGAAGAUACAUUUUAUUUUGAUCCUGAGUUUACUGCAAAAACUCCCAAAGAUUCACCUGGCAUUCCACCUAGUGCUAAUGCACAUCAGCUUUUUCGGGGGUUUAGUUUUGUUGCUAUUACCUCAGAUGAUGAAAGCCAAGCUAUGCAGACAGUUGGUGUGCAUUCAAUUGUUCAGCAGUUGCACAGGAACAGUAUUCAGUUUACUGAUGGAUAUGAAGUAAAAGAAGAUAUUGGAGUUGGCUCCUACUCUGUUUGCAAGAGAUGUAUACAUAAAGCCACAAACAUGGAGUUUGCAGUAAAGAUUAUUGAUAAAAGCAAGAGAGACCCAACAGAAGAAAUUGAAAUUCUUCUUCGUUAUGGACAGCAUCCAAACAUUAUUACUCUAAAGGAUGUAUAUGAUGAUGGAAAAUAUGUGUACGUAGUGACAGAACUUAUGAAAGGGGGUGAAUUACUGGAUAAAAUUCUUAGACAGAAAUUUUUCUCUGAACGAGAGGCCAGCGCUGUCCUGUUUACUAUAACCAAAACUGUUGAAUAUCUUCACGCACAAGGGGUGGUUCACAGAGACUUGAAACCUAGCAACAUUCUUUACGUGGAUGAAUCUGGCAAUCCAGAAUCUAUUCGAAUUUGUGAUUUUGGCUUUGCCAAACAGCUAAGAGCAGAAAAUGGUCUUCUCAUGACUCCUUGUUAUACUGCAAAUUUUGUUGCACCAGAGGUUUUAAAACGACAAGGCUAUGAUGCUGCGUGUGAUAUAUGGAGUCUUGGUGUCCUUCUCUAUACAAUGCUUACUGGUUACACUCCAUUUGCAAAUGGCCCUGAUGAUACACCAGAGGAAAUAUUGGCACGCAUAGGCAGCGGCAAAUUCUCACUCAGUGGUGGUUACUGGAAUUCUGUUUCAGACACAGCAAAGGACCUGGUGUCAAAGAUGCUUCAUGUAGACCCGCAUCAGAGACUGACUGCUGCCCUUGUGCUCAGACACCCAUGGAUAGUCCACUGGGACCAACUGCCGCAAUACCAACUGAACAGACAGGACGCACCACAUCUGGUCAAGGGUGCCAUGGCAGCUACAUAUUCUGCUUUAAAUCGUAAUCAGUCACCAGUCUUGGAACCAGUAGGCCGUUCUACUCUUGCUCAGCGGAGAGGUAUUAAAAAAAUCACCUCCACAGCCCUGUGAAGCGACCUCAGUGGAUAUUUGGUACCGUGGUGUAAGCUGAUAGCACAAGUUCUGGCGACAGGUAGCACAUAUCUGAGAGACACCUGCAAGCACACACUGUCCCAGCUGGUACCCAUAAUGCUGCUGCUCCUGCUGCUGCUCCCGCUUUCGUCUCUUCUCGCUUUAAAUGAUUGUUAGCAAGUUAGAUUUUCCUGGAGCUUCGAUGAAAUGAAAAUGGAAACAUGACGAAGAUAUAUUCACUGAAUCAAUAAGAAGAAUAAUGAACAUAUGAAUACCACCUAAAAAUACACUGAAUAAAGUACUCUACACCAUAUAGCAUUAUUUUUAUAGGAAAUAUUUCAUGUCCCUUAAAUAUUCUUUGUUAGUUAUAGGGAUGGACAGUUUAUGUUAAGCACUUAGCUUAAUCCGUUUAUAUUAGCACUGUAUCCCUUGUGCCAUCCAACAUUUUGUAUGUUUUUGUAAACAGUUCAUAUACAGUACAUUUCUGUACUGCUUUCUUUAAUGUAUACAUGCCUUGUUUAACUUGGAAUCUAUUAUUAUUAAUCAAUCGACUAUUAAAUCUGGUUAAAUAGUUCACCUGGAUUAACAGUAUUGUUGGACAGCCCUAAAAACAGCCAGAUUGUGGAACAGCUGUUGAAUGUAAUCCUUCCAAAAUGUACAUAUCUUUCCCCAUGUCUGUUUCACUGGUUCGCUCGUUUGUUUCUUAAAGUCAGGUGCUGUGUCAGACAUACCUAGAGAGCUGUUAUGGCAGAGAAAGUUAUAUGUGUGUAACAUGGCAUCAAGACUACACCUGUGAAGUUAGUCCAUAUACUUUGCAACUCCUUAAGGUUCCUUUUUCUUUCAUUAAGGAAGUAGUUCUUGCACUUUUAAUCUUAAACGAUGUCCAUACUUAGUAUUGGCAUAUAACUUGGAAUUUUGCCAGUAUACAUCGAAGGCCUUUUGGGAGUCAUGGUGAAAAAAUUGGCAAAGCAGAAUUUAGCAGCAGGUCAUUCAAGUCCCAUUGGAUAUUUUUCAUGUUUACAUAGAUCAAAUUGCAGAAUUUAGCAUACGAACAACAGGAUACCUGUUCCCGUAUACCUGUGAGAAAAGUAGGCUUUUUCAGAAAAAAGGUAAAUAAUAACGAGUUCUAUCCCAUUACGAUGCUCUAUAUUAAACACUAAUUUGAAUGUAAUAAAAGCCACAGGGCUCCCUCUAUAUGAAAUUGGAUUUAAACUUUCUUAUUCUAGGGAAGAAAACUUUCGUGAUCAAACAAUAUCUGUUCUAACCUGAAAUCAUAGCUAAGGUAGGCUAAGUGAAUGUUCAGCAUUGAGUGUUUUCUGAAUUUUUCCUGAUGAUUUAUAACCAUGCAGUGCUUCCUUUAACUUCAGAAAUGGUCAGUUUUCAUAAUGGUCACUGGGUCUACUGAGAUUACAGUAUUCAUCAUCUACAUCUAGUUUGGUAGUUUCCAUAGUUUUAUUUGAUUAAAGAAACUUCUGUAUUCAUUAUUUGUGUCUUGGCCAAAUUACCUAGCAUGCAUCAGUAUAUGAUAUGAAAAACAUAUGAGCAAGGAAAAAGUGAUUCAACUUACCUCAUCAAGAAUGUGCCCAAACAGAUCUUUCUUAGUUGUGUACUAAGCCAUUUACAUCAGAAAUCUUUUUUCCUGCCAGAAGCUUUAAAUCUCCUGAGAGUACGAAGCCAAGAAAUCAUGGUCUAUCUAACUGUCUCGGAAGCCACUUGUUAUUCUUUAAUUUCUCCUCUAUGCAAUUAAAGAGGAAGAGAAAAAUCUAUAACAUUCCUUUUGCCCAAGUGACACAAAAUGAUUAUUGCAUAGAAAUCAAAUGUAAGUUUAUCUUCAAUAAAAAAAAAAUGUAUGAGGAGAGAUUUCAGAAGAUCUAGAUGGAGAAAGUUUUUUAAGUCUUGAGUAUAUGGAUGGUAACUAUUAAAAGCUGCUUUCCAUUGCCUGGAAAGAAAGCUUUUCUUUUUUCUUUCUCUAUUCAGUGUUUCAAAUCACGGUCAUCCCAAAUUCUUGUUGCUUUUAAAAUGUUAAUGGAACUCUGACCAUAUAUUUUCAAAUUUUUGACACUGAUGCUGUCCCAUAAUUACUUAGGUGUAUUGUCCAUCAUAGUCUUUUAGAACCAGAAGUAAAUGUAUGAAUCCUUAACUUCCCAUUCAGUUUUUUUCCCUCAUAACACCAUGCUGCCUUCCCUUCAUAUCAUAUCACCCAACCAGGAGCUGAGUUGUUCAAAAACUACAUAUUUCCUGAGGCAGCCCUCUACUGGUAUAUGAAUGCCAAGUUUAUCACUUUUCAAAAAUACUGCCUUCUUUGCCUAGUCCACCUACCAGUUUUAUUGGAGAAAAGCAAGUUAUAUGUUCACAAAACUGAAGGCUUUCUGCCUAUAAAGCAGUUCCUGAGCAUAAUUUAUUUUAUCUGUGGUUGUGGUGUUCCUAUUGCCUUUGACUUCCAGCAGACAGACUCAGCCAACAGUGUGCUCUAAAGGUAGUGCUUGUGCUGAGUGAACCUUUCCAUUCAUUUCUCCAGGUCCAAUUCCUCCAGACCUCUACGGUUGUAGUGAGGCCCUUCACCAGGUAGUACUGCUGGUUACCGGGGCUUCUUCCAGGAGGUUUCAGUUCAAUCUUAAAGAUAUUUCAAUGUGAAAGAAGGAACUAAACUAUCAGGCCACUUUCACAAACCUCUCAGUUUAUAACCCAAACUAAUACCCAGAAUGGUAGAUUGCAUUUAACAUUGCUAAGCACAUAUUGGAAAAUACAGAUUACACUACCAUGUAUUUUAUAUCUUCCCUUUCAAGUGAUGAUGUUGAACCUAAGGUAAGUUCAUUGUCCUUUUAAUUUUUUAUAUAAAUUGUUUUUGUUCCUUCUAAUUUGUAGAGAUGUCUUCUUUCUAAGUACAAUAGACCCUGGACUUUAACAGAUUUUAUAUGGAUUCAUUUAUUCACAGGCAACCCUAAAAGUCCAAAAAAUGUACUAAUUUUGACAAGGCACAGAGUUGAGAUGCUGUGAGGCCGAUAUAUGGGAAAAGUCACUUAGCGAGUGUCUGGAGAGGGUGUGGUGUGUAUAUGGCAGAGAUUCCACAUUUCACGUGUGGUGGGCUGCAAAGAGCAGGUUUGGGUCAACCAUUUCCCAUCUGUUUUGAAGAAGUGGUUGCUGUUGGGGCCAGGGGCCAUAUCAUGGGAGGUGGGGCUGGCCUGUUAGCUGUGCCCUGCACCCUCAACCCAGAAGAGAUUUGAAAGGAGAGCGGGGUGCAACGGCUUCAUGAGUAGGCAGAAUGGUUUGGGUAGGAAAGGGGUUGGGGUGGGUCCAGCCUGGGGUGAGAGAAGAAAAGCAUUCAAGACUUGGGGGUCUUGGUACAGAUAUGCUUAAUUACCACGGAAGCCAGCAAUACACAUCUCAACAUGACUUCGAUAUUCUCUACUUCCUGCCUUUUACAAAUGUCCUAAAAUUUUUCAGCUUGCUUUACUGUAUUUUAUAGAGAAAAUUGUCUCUCAUGGUGAUAUCGAGCAUUUGAGACUUAUGAAGGCAUCAGAACAGAUAUCAGGAAUGUAAAGGGUCAGAAAAGGUCUGCUUUCUGAGAUUAACAAACAUGAUGGGUUUCAUGGCUGACUGGGUGCUUAAACCAAGAGAUUCCACCCCAGUCCUAGAGUUCUGUCCUCUGAAAUGUCCAACUCCUUGUGGCUAGCAAACUGGAUGUAUACUUUGAGCCUUAUUUAAUUCACAGAUAAGUUAACUCAGCAUUUUUAUUUCAAUAAAUGAAAAUAGUCCUCUUUUCACCUCCAGAUUGCUUACAUUUUGCUGGUCUCCCCAAGUGACCAUUGGUGGAGACCAAUUAAUGAAGGAAUGAAAUUCGCUUUCUUGGGACUGUGGUAUUCUACAAAGCCAUGCUUAACCACUUUUUCUAGUGAAGAAUCUACAGAAUGAUAAUACCUAAAUAUGGAUGGCCAAGAAGAAUUUGUAUCUACAGUGUGCUUUAUGUAUUUUUGACACUGCUGUAUUCUGUGUGAUCGAGUGACUUGUAACUGGUUCCAAUGUGACUGAGUGUUCUCAAAGAAUUCUAGUAACUAAGUUGACUUAAUUUUCUUAAUUAAGCUUUGUAUUACUAUCAGUCUCACAUUUACCACUUUGAUUCCAGUCUUGUAACUGUUCAUGACAGGGCAUACCAAGGGUUGGGAUAAGAGCCUACUUCCUACCUCUUAAGGCACUUUCCUCAUUAAUUUGCCAUGUAACCUUGAAGUGCAUGAUAAGCUGUUUAAAUGUCCAUGACUUCUCCCAGAGCAACUAACAAAGUAUAUGAUUGAAUAGAGAUUAGUGGAAAGGAAAAUUAGAGACUAGAUUCUGAGGUGCAAACCUCAAGAAAACCUCUUUAGAGCACAUACCAUUUGAGUACAAUAUAUGUAAAUGUAUGUGAGAAGAGAGUCGCUAUAAUAUUCCUCUAAGUAGAUUAGUUCAAUAUCUAAUGGAAGUGAAAAAUCUUUACUCCUAUUAUCACUAUAGUACUGAAUGAACUGUAUACUGAGUUUUUCAAACAAGUAUUUAAAUUAGAACUUUUAAAUACAAAGCAAGGGCAUACGGAUAAAGGUUUUGGUUUGUGUUUCUCUAAGUGUAGUUUACCAUCUAAAGUGUUUUUUUGUUUGUUUGUUUUUUUAAUUUUAAAAAAGCUUCAAGGUAUUGCCAUUCCUUCGCAUCCUUAAUAAUUAUGGGUGAUGAGUUUUUAAGUCUUAAAAUUAUGUACAUGUAUUAGGUUUAUCUUAACUCUUACCCUAAACAAAAGGGAAGGUAUACACCUAAGGGAUGUAAUUAUUUUGCAUUUUUGGCCAUGGGUGGGAAUGGGGUGGGCAUCUACUUAAACAGUUUUUAAAAAAAAAAAUCACAAGUAUUUUUCUACUAUUAUAUAUGAUCUUAAUUUCUACUAGUUCUCUCUAGUAAGGCAUGCCAGAAGCCCAAGGUACCAUAUCAUGAGUUCAUAUGUAUUGUACCUUUUAUUGGUGGUUAAAUCGCAUCAGAUGCUUGGCACUGCUGCCAUAAUUAUGAAAUGCUUGUAAAGGAUUAAAUAUCACUGAAUACUUUAAAUUGUUUUACUUAAGAGUCUAAUCUGGGAAGUUUUCAAAUCAUACUAUUAAUGUGUAAUCUAAGCUCUUUCAGAUGUAUCCAUGAAUAAUCUUGGAACAAUAUUGCUUGUAUUCCUGUCACAGAACAGGUUUUGUAAUCUUUAAAAGAAAUGAAAAUUUAUAUAAUAAAGUUUCAAAUAAAUGCA